GAGGAAGUCGGAAGCUGUCGAUUGUGCUACACCUUGGGCUCCGUUGUGGAGAGAGCGGGGUCAGCUCCCCAGUUUCACCAUGGUGAGCGAGGGGCUGCUCUCCACAGAUGGGGAGGAGUUGCUGGCCCUGUUGAGCGUGGGUUUGCUGCCCCCGUACGGGAAGGUGUGUCUGGUCUCGGAUACAGUGACCUAUAAUGAUGUCCAUGUCGACUUCACUCGGGAAGAGUGGGCUUUGCUUGAUCAUUCCCAGAAGAAUCUCUACAAAGAUGUGAUGCUGGAGACUUAUAUGAACCUCACUGCUAUAGGCUACAACUGGCAAGAUCAUAAUAUUGAAGAACAUUGUCACAGUUCUCAAAGACAUAAAAGGCACAAAAGAAGUCAUUCUGGAGAGAAACCUGAAUAUACUCAAUGUGUUAAAACCUUUGCAUAUCACAGUAAUCUUCAAAGGCAUCAAAGAAUUUAUACUGGAGAGAACCACUAUGAAGGUGUUCAGUAUGGUGAAGCCUUUGGAUGUCAGACCUUUGCUCAUCACAGUACUCUUCAAAUGCAUAAAAGAACACACACUGGAGAAAAACCCUAUGAAUGUAAUCAAUGUGGUAAAGCUUAUAUAUCCCAACACGGCCUCCAAAUGCAUGAAAGAACACAUACUGGAGAAAAACCAUAUGAAUGUAAUCAAUGUGGUAAAGCUUUUGCACAAUACAGUACUCUUCAAAUGCAUAAAAGAAUACAUACGGGAGAGAAACCCUAUCAGUGUACUCAGUGUGGUAAAGCCUUUGCAUAUCACAGUCAUCUUCAAAUGCAUGAAAGAACACAUACUGGAGAGAAACCCUAUGAAUGUAAUCAGUGUCAUAAAGCCUUUACACAACACAAUACUCUUCAAAUGCAUAAAAGAACACAUACUGGAGAGAAACCCUAUGAAUGCAAUCAAUGUGGGAAAGCCUUUGCAUAUCACAGCAAUCUUAAAAUACAUAAAAAAACACAUACUGGAGAGAAAUCCUACAAAUGUAAUCAAUGUGAUAAAACCUUUGAAUGUACGAGUAAUCUUUGAAAUCAUAAGAAAAAAUCAUCUGAAUGUAGUUAAUGUGGCAGAGUUUUGUAAGUCAUGGUUCUUGUUCUUUAUACAAUAAUAAAACUUUUAGUAUGUUGUUAGUCUGUUAAAGCCUUUGAAUAUAACAUUAGACUUGAGAAUAUGAAAAAAAGUCAUACCAUAGGGAAUCUGAAUAUAAAUGAUUUGGUAAGAUCUUUAGCAACCACACUUAAUUUCUAUUACACAAAAGUAUUUAUUAUGGAGAAAUCAGUGUGACAUGUGCCAACAAUCUGUUCAAGCAUUAUAAUGUGUACAUCCGUAAACUCACAUGAACAAAAGGCCUAUGAAUUUAAAUACUUCUCUUCAAUUAAAUGAGAUAAUGUUCCAGGUAUAAAACUUCAUGGAUGUGUAUUAGUGCCUUUUCUGUUGCUGUGAUAAAGCAACAUGUUUAAAUUUCAAGAUUUGUUUUGGUUUUAAUUAUGCCAUGUCACUGUUUCUUUGUGUGGGUAUGUUCAUGUUCAUUCUGGUUCCCAAGGUUUGACCCUUGGCACUGUUCAAGCAUUAUAAUGUCCCUCUUUAUUUUGUUUUCACCUACAAACUCACAUGGACAAUAGGCCUAUAAAUUUAAAUGAUAAUGAAAUCUUUUUUAUAUUUCAUACUUCAAUUAUAUGAGAUAAUGAAUCUAGGUCCAUGUAUAAUGAAUACAUGGACAUGUAUUAGUGCCUCUUCUGUUGCUGUGAUAAAGCAACAUGUUUAUGUGAACUUAUGCCAGGGUUUAAUUUGGCCCUUGGUUCUAGAGAAAUACAGGACCACUGUGAAAGUGACCUGGAAACAAGUGUCAAACAUGGCAGUUAAAAUAAGAAGCAAAAAAUUCACAUCAACCUGCAGCAUGAAGCAGAAAGGAUAAACUGGAAAUGGCGUGCAUAUGUAAAGGCCAACCCCAGUGACAUAUUUCUUCCAGCAGGGCAGAUUUCCCUAAAUCUUCCCAUAUGAUACCACAGAUUGAGAAUGAUUGAUUUCACUGACUUCAAGCCAACAUGUUGCUUUCUGUUACAUGAUCCAAUUCAUAAUGGAGAAAAACUCUGUAAACCUUUAAAUGCCUCAACACCUGUAUUACAGGAAUUACAAUAGAAAAACACAAGUGAAAAUUAGUUUCAGGAUUUGUUUUAAUUUAAUUAUGCCAUGUGACUGUGUCUUUAUGUGGGUAUGUGCUUGUGUGUUCUGGUUCCCAAGUAGGUUAGACCUUUGUAGCUUCUUGUAGCAGGAAUUAUUGAAAGUUGUCAAAACCUGACCUUGGUCCUGGGAAUGAACUUGCAUUAAGGGCUUGAUGAUGUCUCUAGCUCUGUAAAUAUUUUAAAGCUUUCUUUCUAUCAUCUUGAUAUCAGUAAAUAGGGAGGAAUUCAUACAAGAGAGAAACCUUAUUCAUGUAAACAAAUUUGUAAAGACUUUUGACAUCACAGUUGUCUUAAUUUCAAGGAAAAAAACUUAUUUCAUCUCUUUUUCAUUGUAGCCUUGAAGUAAAUAAUUAAUCAAGUCCAGUAAAGACUUAUGUGAGGAUCACAUUGUGGCUUCUAUUUUGCAAUAUGGGAGGUAGAUAUAAAAGUGUACUAUAUGUGUAGCAAAUCCAUUUAAUGAAUUUUGUAGCACAAGUUCUAAUAGGCAUUAGUAGUAAAGGCCCAGGAUAAGAUAGAAGGAAAAAAUACUAGAUUGAAACUCUAUGAACAUAAAGAAUAUGGCAAAGCCUUUUUACAUCACAGUCAUCUUCAGAUACAUAAAAGAACACAUACUGGAGAGAAGCCCUAUGAAUGUAAUCAGUGUGGAAAAGCCUUUGCACGUCACAGUACUCUCCAAAUACAUGAAAGAAGCCAUACUGGAGAGAAGCCCUAUGAAUCUAAUCAGUGUGAAAAAGCCUUUGCAUGUCACAGUAGAAUCCGAAAACAUGAAAGAAACCAUACUGGAGAGAAGCCCUAUGAAUGUAAUCAGUGUUGAAAAGCCUUUGCACGCCAUUGUCAUCUCCAAGUACAUAAAAGAACGCAUACUGGAGAGAAAUCUAAUGAAUGUAAUUAGUGUGAUAAAGCCUUUGCUUUGCUUACAGCAUAGUUAUUUUGAAGGUGCCUCAAUGCCUGUGUUAUAGGAAUGAAUGCUUAUAAGAGAGAAACUGUCAUGUGUGAAAAACUGUUUAAAGAGUUGUUUUAAUUGUAAUUAUGUGAUGUCAUAUGUUUGUGUGGGUACGUAAAUUUUUCAUGUUGGCUUCUGAGAAUGUUCGACCCUAGGAUCUUCUUGUAGCAAGAAUUACAGAAAGGUGUCAAAAAUUAGGCCUUGGUCCUAGGAAUGAAUAUUUCUUAAUUGCCC